UAACCAAAUAGGCAAUAUAGAAGUAUUAUUCGAAGCCAAAUGAGGAGUGGUGCAAGGAGUACUUCUGAGGUAGACAAGAAGGUUCAUAGAGAGUUUCCUCAUUGGUUCCGCAAUCGUAUUUGCAACAAUCUCGACAACAUUAGUGGAUCAGAUAAAAAUGUUCUCGUUAGUCUUGCUCAAGGUCCUUCUGAUAAAGUUAGAAGGUUCACUGCAUUUAAUGUCAAUGGUUUCAAAUUUCGAACAUUGGCACGAGACAAUUUAUUAAAAACUCAAAAUAGUGGAGUUUUUGGCAUGUUCGGAACACGAAGUUACUCAAGCAAUAGUGAUGCCCAAAUGAGAUUUGGAGGAGUGCCUUACUAUGGAAGAUUGAUAGAUAUCAUUGAGGUUUCCUAUGAUGGCUUCAAAGUGCCCAUACUAAUACAUACUGGGGAGCAUGAAGAUGAUGAGCCAUACAUUAAAGCGUCAGAAGCUCAAAUGGUUUAUUAUGUGGAUGAUGAAAAGGAACAAGGAUGGAGCAUACCUAUUCAUUUAAAGCCACGAGACUUGUAUGACAUGGGUGGAGAUGAUGAAAUUAUGGCCCCGAUUGAACCAUACCCAUCUCAAAAUUUGGAACACAUUUUUUCUAAUGAAACCACACAUAUACAAUUGGCAAGAAUGACUACAGAUGAUGAUCCUGAAACUUCAACUUUUAAUGAUGAUUUUGAUGACAACAAUCAUGAUAUGAAUUUAUGA